UUUAGAAUUUGAUUAAGUUCGAAUUAUUGGAGUUUCUAAACGCCUUAAAAUGGCCACUUCAGGAGGAGUUGUUUGUGAGGCAUCUUCUGAUAACAGUCGACUAUUUUACUGCCAUCAAUGUAACCAUCAGUGGAGAAAAAAUCAAGCUGCAGAAUAUUUAUGUCCACAGUGCCAAGAAGGUUUCAUCGAAGAGGUUGACAAUACAACUGAUUUUCCAUCGAAUCGAGCUAACGGUAGCAGUCCUAGAAAUUCUGAUCCAUUUAUUUCAUUGGUUAAUCGUAUUAUGCGACGCGCAACACCAACACGAGUUUCAAGAAGGAACAGAAAUACAAUUCGAUCACGCAGUCGUUCGCCUGGUGCUACUACUUCUUCUAGAACUGCUGAGAUUAGGAAUAGAACUAGAGAAGCAAUUAUAGAAAUGAUUCAUCCUCACACUUCGCGUCGAUUGGAAAGAACACGCACAUUGAAUUUUGCCCUUGACGAUUUUAUGAGCUCCUUCUUAAGUUCUCCUCGUCCUCCAGCGAUGGGCCUUGAUAAGUUACUCACAAUACCAGAGAUAACUAUCACAAUAGAGCAAACAAAUGAAAAGGUUCAGUGCUCAGUUUGCUUUGACGAGUUCAAGCUUAACGAAAAAGGCGUCAAGAAAUUGUCUUGUAAUCAUUUAUAUCAUGGCAAAUGCAUUUUUCCUUGGCUUCGCAUUAGUGCAUCAUGUCCAGUUUGUCGUGCAAAUUUAAAUACAGGAAAUGCUGAUGCAUCAAAUAGUUUACCACAGCCUGAUUCAAGUUUAAACUAUUUAAGUGAUUAUGAUACAUUUUUAAGACGUGUGAUGGAUCCAUCAGGUCAAAUUCGUCAAGAUGAGCCAUCAACAUCAACAACCACAGAUGAUCAAAGCUCGAGUUCAUCAGAAAGACAACCACCAAGAAGCCGCCUUUUUGAGUAUUUUACAAAUUUUUCUAAUGACUCUCCAUCUACAAACACUUCAGAAAAUCUACGAACUCGUAAUGAUAGAAGCAAUAGGGCUGUGAACUUACAGACUUCAAGUCGAGUCCUUCGAUCAAAUUCAGCAGCUUCGUUAGGUCAGGAAGUUUUGCCAACUAGAAGCAAUACACGACCAAAUCCAUCUGCAUUACCAAGAACACGAUUUAUGCAUUCAGCUUUAAGUGAAACAGAAAGUCAUCAAAGCCGAUAUGAAAGCCUUAUUCGUGCAAUACGUCAUCGUCCUUAUGCUCGACCAAUUAUUUCAGCACGUGCUCAACGUUUGGGUAGUGACACGGUUAUUGACUUAACUCCCGAAGAUAAUGAAACAGAAACUCUUGCGGGAGCACUCAGCACAGACAGCAUAAGCGUUGCAAGCAGCACAGAUAUAAUCGUUUCAGUAGACGAAGGAGGUUUCACGCCUAAUUUAUCAUCAAAUUCAGAUUCGGAAUAUUCCUCAAUUAAUUCUGAUGGUGAUAGUAUUCAAGAUAUUCCUGAUGCUCCUUCAUCUCCUAGUGAUGUUAGCAUGACGACGAGCGAUCAUGAAGAAGAAUAAAAAAGCCAAAAAUCAAUCAUUAAGAAAAAUCAAAACUCUUGCGCCAAAAAAACUUUAAAAAAAACAACAAAUUGUUCGUUCUUCAAGUGAAAACGAUAAAAAUUUUCGAUAAAUUAGGCGAGAGAUUUUAAUUUUCAAUAUCAAAAUAUCGACUGAAAUUUAAAAUUUAAUUGAGAGAGUAAAUUUAAUAAUUUUCAUAUUUUCUUUUCUUCGAAUUGUUUCUUACUUUAUAAGCUUUUGAGAGGUAGACUAAGCAAGUUCUUCAAAGACUUAUUCCUGGGAAAAUAAUUCACUCACUAACAAUAAUUAAUUAGUUGCAUUCAUUUCAUCUCUCAAGGUAGAACUAUUUUAGUUAAUAGUGCUACACUUGUUAGGCAACCCAAAGAACGAUUCAAUCUCUCUAAAUCAAAUGAUUUCCUGUUAAACAUUUAAAGAUUCUCUUCAAAAUUUUUUUAAAUUUCGUUAUUAUUUCUUUUCUUGUUACUUUUUUCUUUAUCUAUUCAAAAUUUCGUCAUUAUUUGCAAUUUGAUUACGAUUUAAACAGAAGAAAAAAAAUAUUCAUUGUGAGUGAUUUAUUUCUAUAAAAGAUGUUCAAUAAACAAAUACAAAUAUGUAGCAAUUAAUAUCUAAUUGGAAAUUAAAAUAAAAUUAUAUAAUUAUCUAAA